CCGUGCUGCUCGCCUGGUCACCGGUUCAAGGUCCGGGCAAAGAGCGGUGGUGCGCGAUGCCGCCUUCUAGGUGCCACAGGCUAUUGUCUGUCCGCACCGGCGCCGGCAGCAGCUCCGCCUCCUCGCAUCAGGCCGAGCCGAGCUACGAGGAGCGGGUUGCGCGGGUCUGCGCUCUGGGCGGCCGCGUGCACCAAGCAUUUCUGCUGCAGCAACAGCAACAGCUCACGAGUGCCAGUGGUAGCAAUGGGAAUGCAGACAGCAGCGGCGGCGGCUCAGGCGGAAGCAGCAGCAGCUCGCACGCCGGUGCUGCUGCCGCGACCGCCGCCGCGACCGCUCGGGGCUCUGGCGGCAAGGGCGGAGGCAGCAGCCGCAGAGCAGCAUCAGGCGGCGGCGCAAGGGCGGCGGCAGCAGCAGGCGGCGGCGGUGGAGGGGCGCCAAUGCCGCUGCCUAGAGCGGCGGAGCUGGCGGCGGCGGCUGACGACCUGGCCGUGAUCAGGGAGGUCGUGUCUUCCGAUCCCAGCCACACCACUCCCGACAUCUUCACGGAGGCCCGCCUGUGCGGACAGCUGCAGGGGCUGAUGGCGCUGUUGGGCUGGUGCCUCAGGCUGGCAGUGCCGGCACAGCCGCCGUUCGUCACCCUAGGCGGCGGCGGCAGUAGCAACAGCAGCACUACCACUGGCGGCACUGCUAGCGGCAGCGCCGCUGCAGGCGCCGCGGCGACCCACGGUGGCCGUGGCAGCAGCAGCAUCAGUGGAGGCGCCGCUGCUGUCGGCAGUAACAGCGGCAGUAGCAGCAGCGGCAGAGGCAGCACAGGAGUCGCCGCCGCCAGCAGUGGGGUUGCUGUGCCGACCUCGGCGCAGACUGCCACGGCGGCUCUGGGCACGGAUAACGACGACCUGCGUGCUGCCGCUUUCCGAACGAUGGGCCUGCUGUCCGGUGCUUUGUUUGACUGCGGCAGGCACGGCUGGCUGGACUCGUCGUGGCGCCGCAGGGUCAGCAGCAAUGGCGACGGCGGCGACAGACAGCCCACCGCGGCUGACAGGGCGCAGCUGGCAAUGCUGCUGGUCCGCUGCGGCUGCUUUGAUGUGAUGUGUGCGGCCCUGACUCGGUGCUGCCGUGCGCUUGAGCCGGCGCUGCCGCCGCCACCGCCAACACCGCCGCCAGCUGCAGCACAGCAGCAACAGCAGCAACAGCAUCAGGCGCAACAACGGCAGCGGCAGGGGUUGCCGCCGGCCGUGACACAGCCUCCACCGCCGCAGCCGCCACCGCCACAGCCGCUGCCGCUGCCGGCGACCAUGCAGCAGCGGCGCGUGAGGCUGGGGAAUGCCGGCUGGGCCAUGGUGUGGCCAUGGCUCGACUUUGCACACGACCUGCUUAACUGCGCCGAUGGUUGCGUCGCCUCUCGCAAUGACCUGCUGAACGACGCCCUCCGCAGCUCCCUCCCCACCCCCUCACUCAGGCUCAAGCUCCUCGACUGCUACAGCCGCACACUCUUGGCGGCGUCAGCGGCAGUAGCAGGGGCUGGCGGCGGCGGAAGCGGCGGCGGUGGUGGCGGCGGCGGCUCGGCGCAGCAGGCGGGUGCGCUCGCCCGGGCGUUGGGAUACUAUGCGCAGCGGAUGACAGGGCGCACGCUGGUGCUGCCUUACGUGGCGGCGUGCCCCGCGCUGUCGUACGCGCUGGCGGCACACGCCGUACACACGUGCGCGGCGGUUGACGGCGGCGACACGUACGGCCUGCGGUGCGGCCCGGUGGCGGCGGCCGUGGCUAGGGCGGUGGCGCCGCCAGGCGGCACUCGCAGCGGCACAAGCUCAGCGGGGCUAGCAGCAAGGAUUCACGCGGCUGCGGACGCGGGCAGUGGAGGCGGGUCUAGCGGCCCUGGCCCUGACGACGAUGACGACGACCAGGAGCGGGGCGGCGCUGGGACGUGCUGUGGAGUUGUGCUGCCGCUGCAAGGCCCUGGCAACCGCCUGCUACAGCCGCCGGACCAGUGCCAGCAACAGCAGCUGAAACGGCGGCACGGCGGCGGCGGCGGCGGCGGCAGCGGCGGCGGCAGUAACAGCAGCACGAGAAGCAGCGUCGUACCCGCCGCUAUCGGCGUCGCGCGGCCGGCACAGGCUGCGGUCAAUAUUAAUGCCGCACUGGCGCAUCGCGCGGCGGAGGAGCAGCUGCAGCUGUGCCGGACGCAGCCGGGCUGCCUGCGGGCCGCGUACGCGCGCGCGUUGGGGCUGGCUGAGGGGCAGCCGCAGCAGCUGCAAGUCCAGCUGUCAUCGGUGGCUGCUGGCGAGCGCGGCAGUAGUCAUGGGGCCCCGUGCAGCGCCGCGGCGGCAGCGGAGGAGCUGUCUCGGCGGCUGGCGGCUGCGCGGAGCUGCCCGCUGCUGCACUGCGGCGGCGCCUUUGAGGUCGGCAUGCGGCUGGCGGCGGCGGCGGCUGGCUGCAUGGCACACGCGCCCGCGACGGCGGAGGAGCACGCGCAGCAGCUGUUGGGAGUGCAGCAGCUGGCGCUGGCGGCGGUGGUGGGGCGCCGCAGCACUGCUGCUACUGCGCCUUCUGCUGCUCCUGGUGCUACUACUGCCCCUGGUGUUCCUGCUGCAGCGGCUGCUAGCGCCGGUGGUGAGGGCGGCUCGCAAGCCCAGGCCGAUACGGAAGAGGGGCGGCAGCGGGGGUUGCCACCGCCGCAGUCGUGGCGGCUGGAGCUCGCGGGCGUUGCGUGCAUAGAGUUCGCGACGGCAGGUCUGAAGCUGGCGCGGGCGGCGUGGCUGGACACCAGUGCGGUGUGGAUGCCGCGGGGCGCGUUUGCGCACCAGGACAGCGAUGGCAGUAGCACUUGCAGCGGUGGCAGCAGUAGCAGCACAGGCGGCAGUAGCACAGCAGGCGGUGGGCGGGGCCACGGCGGCGUGCCGUACCCUCCGGCGCCGGUGCAGCGAGACCUGCUGUCCUGGUGGCGGGCGGCGCUGGGCUGGGCGGGCCUGUUGGACAUGGACUGGGGAGGAACGGACGGAGGCGGCGGGGCUGGAGGCGGCGGCGGGGAUGAGGUCAGCAGCGGCGGCGGGGACUUGGAGCGCCGCAUACGGCUCAUAGGUCCGUUGGCUGUGGAGCGGGAGGCGGGGCGGGCUACAGCUUCUGAAGCCAGGUUCCCAGAGUGGCGGCUGGACGUGCCGAGCGGCUCACCAACCGGCGUGGCGGAGGAAGGCGGCGUUGCACCUGGGGAGGCGGUGCGGAUGUCACUGCCGCCGCUGCGGCUGCGGCCCUGCCCCGACGUGGCCGCGGCCCUGGCCGCCGGCUACCUGCCCGUGCUGGGCCGGCUGCUGCGCAAGUCAGCAGUCCUGGAUAGCAUCUGCCUCAUGGAGCCGCACACGCACAGCAGUCAGGUGGAGACUGCCGCCGCCACGGCGGCGGCCUGGUCGCAGCUGCUGGUGUUCGGGCCGCCGGAGGAGGCACGGGCGUUUGUGGCGGAGGCGGCGGGCGUGAUCGGGGUGCGGGAGGACAUAUUGCGAGAGGCAGUGGCGGAGGAGAUGCAGGCGGCGGCGCGGCAGCGGAGGCAGGCAGAGCAGGAGCAGAAGACGGAGCAGCAGCAAGGGCGGCAGACCGCAGGCCGGCGUGGUGCGGGCUCAGGCGCUGUUGUAGCAGCUGGGGCCUCAGCAGGGGCCGCCGCGGUGGCGUCGUGCAACCUGUCUUUGGGAAUGUCCUUGGUCUGGGAAUCGCUGGACCUUUGCGAGAACGCCGGCACCUGGAGUCACACCGGAGGCCUGGCACAAGCGCUGCUGACCUCAGGGCUACUGCUGGCGUCCGGCGCAUGCGGCAGUAGCAGCGCCAUCAGCGGCAGUAGCACCAGCGCCAGCACUUGCACCAGCAGCGGCUGUAGCAGCACCACCACAACCAGCACCAGCGGCAGUAGCAGCACGCCAGGGCCUUCCUCAUCGCCGCUGGCCGGGCUGCAGCUGGGCAAUGAGGCGGCUGUAGCAGCACGGGUGGCUGCGGUGGCGCGGGUCGUGGCGACGCAGCUACUGCCGGCAGCCUCGGAGGCGGUGGCGACUUUAGCUGCAUUCCUUGAAAUGAGUCACAUGUUCGGGCUUGAGGUGGUGCUCUCGACUGCCAGUAGCGGAAUGGCGGGCGCCAUGACGCCGCUGGCCUCUCUGCUCGGGUGGGUGCCACUGAUGCUGCGGGCAGCUGCUGCGGAGGGCGAGGAGGAGCAGCAGCAGCAGCAGCAGCAGCAGCAGCAGCACGGAAAUGAGGCAGAGUGGGAGAGAGGCGGGCGGCGUGAGGAGUGCGGCUGCUGCUGGGAGCGAGUGCUGUGGCGCGACAUAAACCUGCCCGCCCUGCUGGCCGCGCUGUACGGAUUGAUCAGGCGCGUCCGCAACAACAGCCACGACACAGCAGCGGCGACCGGCGACACAGGCGCCGCCGCCGGAGGCUUGAGCAAACGAGCAAUCGAGGAAAGGUCUUACUGGCGCCGCGCCAGGGACCAGGUGGCUUCCACUCUUCUGCCAGAGAUGGCGCGUGUGAUGAUCUCCGUGCUACAGCUGGCGCCGCUGCGGCUGCUACAGCCGGCGGCGCCGCCGGGCAGGCCGCCGCAGCCGUCGCUGCCGCCGCCUGUGCAGCAACCGGCGGCGGCGGCAGGAGCAGCAUCAGGUGAGCGCGGCCCCGAGGGUGCAGUGAAGGAUGCGUCAGAAGCCGCUGGCGAGGCAGUCAAUGAGUGCAGAGGUAGCCCCGCGCCGACGGCUGCUGUGGUGGCGGCGGCGGGUGCAUUGGUGCCUGCCGGUCCCUUGGAGUCGGAGGGCUGCUGUGGCAGCGACGCGGCAGCCCCGGCCCUGCUGCCGACUCCGGCCGACACCCCAGCGCCUGCUGCAGUAACCCAGACUUUCAGUGGCAGCAGCACCAGCAACGCCUGCAACAGCAGCAGCCACGGCAGCAGCAGCAGCAGCCAUGGCAGUAGUAGCAGCAGCGCGGCAGCUUGUCAGCCUGCUGCUGGCGUCGCCGCUGUCGCCGCAAGACUGCUGCAGCUGACUGAGCGGCUACUGCCGACGCAGACAUCGCGGGAAGCCGUGAUCGACGUGGGGUGCAUUUGCGAGCUCCUGCGGGCCUGGGGCGGCGACGGCGACGGUCCCGCCAUGUCCACCCAUCUGGCGGGAGUGCUGGAGAGCGCGGCGGCGGGCGACUGGGCGGCGGUGCGUGCCAAGAGCCGCUGGCUGCGGUUUGGCGGCGUGGUGACGCACGCGCCCAGCGAUGUGGCUGCGCAGCUGUGGCGGCAGCAGCGGCAGGUGAUGGCGCACGGGGCGGGGCACGGCGGCGUGCCUCUGGAGGCGUCGGUGCUGGACGGGGCGCUGGACGCGGCGGCGGCGCUGCUGGUCGGGCAGGGGCUGCAGCAGCAGCAGCAGCGAGCGUGAGCUUGGCGGGCAUGGUAGGGGCUAUGAGCCGAGUGGAGUAGGGAAAUGGCCUGCCUUACGUUCUGUGGGGCGGUGGUGAGGUUUGUCUGAACUCUGGCGGCAUGGGAGUUCAGUGUGCUGGUCGGUGCUUGGGUGCUCCCAGCCGUGGCUCUCAUCUACUCGCCACCAGCAGUGUUGUUAUGCCUGUUUUGUUGUGACUUUGUGGUAGGUGUUGGAGCCGGUCCGGGUGGUAUGGUACGGCAGUGUGAAAGAGAGAAAUCAGCGCACUGGCGGCGGGUUGUGGUCUAAGGCUGAUGGCGUGCCCGUAUAGCCCACAUGUGACUGAAUGAACGCAGACCGCCAAGACAUGCUACAUAUCGACGUGCUUGAGAAAACGCAACACAAGACCCCCACACUGUUCACGUGUGUGAUUGGCAUCGCUGCAAUGCGCAGAAGUGCGUUGAGUGCGCUGGAAAUGCGCCAAGGCCGUCAGCGCCAAACCGGGGCUCAUGAGUCAUACAGUGUGCGAUGGGACAGUGUUUAGGCAGGUUGGCGGGGUCCCGUAGGGUGCAGCUGACGCCCAGUAUGUGUGCAUGCGACGCUAGCCCUAUACAUCUUCAUCCGCGCCUACGGAUGCCAAGAUGCCGUACCCCUCCGUACAUGUUUCA